AGAAUAAAGGAGGAAACGCGGAGAAAAGCAGGUGAUGGAGGAGAAGAGAUGAAUCUGAGGAGGAGACACCGGACGCAUCCUCUCAUCUCUACCCGGCCCCGGUGCCCCGAGCUCCGGUUCCCCGCUCGGCUGCUCCGCUCUUUGUCAGCCGGCUCUCACGCGCAGACCCGGGCGGGUUAGUGAGGCUGCUCCUCCGGAUGAAGACUCAAUAAUCUGAAAACCUUCAUGAAUUCUAUUUUAAAAUACUUCAUAUUUAAAAUACUCUGUUUUUUUUUACCGUGGAGGCUGCGCCCGUUCAGAUGAUUUCUCCUGCGGGGUUUUCUCACCUUUUGUUCGGAGGAAGAAGCGACUGAUGCUGCGGUGAAGUGACCGAGGAGGAGGCACCGGAUCCGGUCGUUAAUCAUCAGGUUUAGAACCAGAACUCAGAGCUGAUGGGAUUAUUUCUCCUUCACACUGUGGAUCUUUAAAUCGUUUUAUUGAUUUGCAUCGUCACUGGCUCUGGUUCUUUUGUUCUGCUCUGUGAGACUGUCCCGGUUGGUCCCGGUUGGUCCCGGUUGGUCCCGGUGGUUUGCAGCACCAUGCCGGAGUGUGUGUCGGUGCCGGAGUUCGUGCAUGAGGUGCAGGAGGACUGGAGCUCCCCCACCACCUCCUCCUUCACCUCCAGGAUGCUGAGCUGCAGGAACACGGUCUACCUGCUGGAGGAGGCUCUGGACAGUGACCGUCUGGUGUUGCAGAAAAUGAAGAAAGCUUCUAAAGCCAAAUAUACUUCAGGACAAGAACACGUCUCUCACCUGGAGCAGUACAUUCAUUCGAUGGAGAAGCUGUCGGUCAACUGUCACUCAAACGGAGAGUCCGAGGUUGGCUCCGCCUUCUAUCGUCUGGCGGACUUUUCUAAAGAGCUCGUCUCUCCGAUGAAGAACCUGCUAAAGAGCAUGCUCCACAACAUCCACUUCUUCUUGGACUCCCUGGUUAAAGGCGACCUGAGGGAGGUGAAGGGGGAUCUGAAGAAACCUUUCGACAAAGCGUGGAGGGACUACGAGAGCAGAUUUAAGCAGGUGGAGAAGGAGAAGAGGGAGUUGGCUCGUCAGUACGGGAUGGUGAGGAACGAGGUGAGCGGGGGGGAGAUCGCCGAGGAGCUGGAGAAGGAGAGACGCUCGUUCCAACUCAGCAUGUGUGAGUAUCUGAUUAAGGUCAAUGAGAUAAAGACAAAGAGAGGCGUUGACCUGCUGCAGAACCUCAUCAAACACUACCACAGCCACAACAAUUUCCUGCAGGAGUGUGUUUCCACCACUGAGCGGUUGAAGCAGUACAUUGAGGAGCUGAACGGGGUCCUGACCACGGUGAAGCAGCGUCACGAAGACGAGAAGAAACAACUGUGUUCUCUCAGAGAUCAGCUGAGGCCGGUCGUCCACACGGAGCAGGACUCUCUGCCUAAGCAGGUGUACAGUAUGCAUCAGCUGCUGGGAGACAAACAUUACGGAACAGAAAGAGCAGGAUUCCUCUACAAGAAGAGUGACGGGUUGAGGAAAAUGUGGCAGAAAAGGAAAUGUUCCGUUCAUAACUGUUACCUGACGAUCGCACAUGCUACUCCGAAUAAACCUCCGACCAGACUCAACCUACUCACCUGUCAGGUUAAACCCAGCGUGGAGGACAAGAAAUGCUUUGACCUGAUCUCUCAUAAUCGGACGUAUCACUUCCUGGCUGAAGAUGAAGCUGAGUGUGUGGCCUGGAUCUCGGUGCUCAGUAACAGUAAGCAGGAGGCUCUGAGCGUGGCUCUGGACGGGGGGAGGCUGGAGGGAGGAGGAGAGGAGAGCAGCGUGGAGGAUCUGACCCGCGCCAUCACCGACGACGUCAGGCGGAUGCCAGGGAACAACAGCUGCUGCGACUGUGGAGCUCCGGAUCCUGGAUGGCUCUCGACCAACCUGGGGAUCCUGACCUGUAUCGAGUGUUCAGGGAUCCACAGGGAGAUGGGGGUCCACGUGUCCAGGAUCCAGUCUCUGAGUCUGGACAGCCUGGGGACCUCAGACCUGCUGUUGGCCAGGAAUGUUGGUAACUCUGGUUUUAAUGAAAUACUGGAGGCGAACCUGCUGAGUCCGUCUCUGAAGCCGUCUCAACACAGUCACAUGACGGAGCGUAAAGACUUCAUCAUGCUCAAGUACCAGGACGUUCAUUUUGUGAGGCGGAGUCCCAGCUCUACUGCAACGCUGCGACUCGGCCUGCAGGAGGCGACCAAGAGCUGCGACAUCUACAGUUUGAUUCAGCUGCACGCUCAGAGGAUGGAGCUGAGCCAGCCGCUGCACACACACAUACAGGAAAAAGGGGAGACUGCGCUCCAUCUCGCCGUCCUAUUGGCCGACAGGACUUCACUGCACAUCCUGGACUUCCUGGCUCAGAACUGCUCCAACGUUGACAUGCCGACGUCAUCAGGGAACACAGCGCUGCACUACAGCUGUCUGCACAACAAGAGCGACUGUGUGAAACUGCUGCUGAGAGCCCGAGCCAACUCACACAUCAAGAAUGAGUUGGGAGAGACCGCUCUGGACAUGAGCCGCAGGUUGAAGCACAGCCACUGUGAGGCGCUGCUGCAGCAGGCCCAGUCCAACCAGUUUGACCAUCACAUCCAUGUGGAGUACGAGUGGCGGCUUCGUCAUGACGACCUCUAUGACAGUGACGACGACUUCGAUGACAGGAAUGGUCCAGUGAAGAAGGAGCGCACCUCCUCCUCCUCCUUCACCUCCUCCUUCUCCUUCACCUCCCGUCCGUUCAGCUUCAGCCAGUCCCUGUCCUCCGCUGGGGCUCCGCCCUCCUCAGCUGGAGCAGGAGCGCCGGGCGGAGGAGGUCUGCUCAGCGUGGGGAGGAGGCUCGCCAUGGCCAUGGACCUCCACAGCCGGGCCGCUGGCACCGCUCCGAGCCCCCCCCCACCUCCGCCAUCUUCUCCUGCUCCCCCGCUGCCCCCCAGGGUCAAAGCUCCCACUGUUCCUCCUCCUCCGCCUCCCGCUGGGGGGGAGGGAUUUUGCGAGGACGAUGAGGAAGAAUUCUUCAUCACGUCAGGAAACAGGAAGUCCAACCCUGCCCCUCCCAUCGCCGUCCGACACAAGAGGAGCUGCUCUGAGUCCAGCACGCACGAUUACGGGUUGCCAACCAGUCCCAGGAUCUACAGCGGUCCAGACUCCUCCUCCUUUAAGCAGUGUGUUCCAUCUUCUCCUCUCAGCUCGCUGACUGAACGACCUCACAGAGCAGGUUUUCGGAGGGCGGACAGUGACGGUAGCUCCUCCCACUUCCUGCACCCUGCCAGUAAAGCUCCGCCCAACGGAUCUCCCACCAACCACCGUUCUCAGAGCUUUGAGAGUGACAUCAGGGGCCCCGCCCCCCUGCCGCUCCCUCGCAGAUCAGUGCCUCGUGGCACAGCGAGUCGACGUGUUCAGGCUCUGUACGACUGUCAGGCCGACCACCACGACGAGCUGAGCUUCGCUGAGGGUCAGGUGCUGGUGCUCCUGGGACAGGAGGACCCCGAUUGGUGGCAUGGUUACAUCGAGGAUGAGCCAGACCAGAGAGGAUUGUUUCCGUCUUCCUUCGUCCAGCCAUUCUCAGAAUGACAUGAAGAAGCUGGACCAGGACUGGACCCCAUCAGUCCCUGGACCAGCACAGAUCUGAACUACAUCAGAGCCUGGAAAACCAAACCAGAGCCAAACCGGAGCCAAACCGGAACCAAACCGGAGCCAAACCGGAUCCGUAACGAGGUACAGCCGAAACCUCUGAUCUUCGAUGGACCAGGUUGGUGAUCUGGUUCUGAGAAGCUCCAGCAAACACAAUCACAUGGACACGGAAACACACAAUCUGGACUAAAUAAGAAGUUUUGGUCAUGUGGUAACGUUGCCGUGGAGACGGCCUCGCACAGACUGAUCAGCCACAAUUCAAGGUUGUCGGUGACUUUUAUUAAUUUAUUUAAGUAACUAACUAAUAUUUUAUUAAGCACAUCGGCAAAACAAUCCACUGGACUUUUAUUGUGAAGUUCAGUUUUAGGUUAUUUUAAGUCUUUGAUCCUGUAGCAUCUUCCGCCUCCUCUCAGGCCUCCUCCUUCGUACGGACACAACCUGUGAGGCAGAUCUGAGGAAUGAACACUGAAGACCAAAGGAUAAAACGCAGAUGUUUGUUGUAAAAUCGGGUGAAGUCAGUUUCUGGAGCCGGAUUUCACCUUGUUGAGCCGUUACCAUGGAUUCAGUUUGUAAACAUGGACUUUGAUUCUUCCAGCUGCCUUUGAUGUCCCCGAGAUAUCACAACACCUCAGUGUGUAAGUAGCACAGCACAAAACCGCCACUAUUACGAAAAUGAAAAAACAGUUUCUUGUUAAAAGAUGGAAAUUUCUCAUAUUAACAUUGUUUCACAGUGCUGGAGAGUUGAAGUCGUGAUUUAGACUUUUUAGUUCUGCAGCCACCAGGGGGCAAUCAAAGUGAUUUGGCUUCACUUUUAGAAGCUGACAUGUAGACCAUCUUGAGAUUCAGUCUGUGGUCACUCCUGUAUUCAUUUCUAUGACAUUUAACCCAUGAUUGUCAAGGGCUUAUGGGAAAUGUUCAUAAAAGGCUGCUAAAGCCUAAAUAUUGAAUAAACAAUGAGAUUAGAUGUUUUAUCAAAAAGGUUCCGAAAACAUAUGAAGCAAGAAACGUAACGUACUGUUGAGAUAAAACCUCUUUUCUCAAGGCAGACUUUUUACUUAUUUUAAAUAGUUAGAAUCAAUCUGGUUUCACUUCAACUCUCUUUUACGUAUUUUCUUAUCAUCACAAACCAAAUAUUCACGAAUCAACAAGGAGCUUUUUCAUCACAAGAAACUUGUAAGAAGAUUAAUUGAUUUGUUUUUAUAUCAUGAAACUUAGAUGUAGCAGGAAACACUAACUUCGUUAUAAAUGAAAAGUUUGGUGAAAAAAAAAGCACAGUUCAGUGUAAUGUAGUAAUGUGGAUUGAGGGACUAAUCAGCCAUAUUGGGGAAAAAGAGAUUUUGAGAAUAAUGUUGUAAGGUUAUGUCACAAAGUCAUAAUAUUACAAGAAUUAAAAAUCGUAAUAUGAUUGUAGUCUAACAGGAAAAAAAGUAUUUGUAUUAUGAGAUCAAAAGUCAUAAUGUUAUGAGAAAAUAAAGGGAAUAGUCAUAAUUUAAAAGAAAACUGUUGUAAUUUAACUUUAAUUUAACAAAAAACAAGACAAGAAUGUCAAAAUAUAAAGAAAAAACUCAUUAAAAGAAUAGAGGUCUAAGUUAACGAGAAAAAAAUCAUAAUUUUACUAGAAUAAAGUUGUAAAAAGUCAGAAUUUAAUGAGAAGUCAUAAUAUAACAAUGUCUUAAUUUCAUCCUCAAAUGAAAUUAAAAACGAGAAAAAAAGAAAGUCUGAAUAUUACGAUAGGACUUUUCUUGUAAAAUUACAACUUUGUUCUCGAAAUCUCACAAUGUCUCUUUCUCCAAUAUGGCCCGAAUAAAAAAUACACCGACAUAUAUAUGUGAACCAUCUGGGUUUGAUCGUUUCAACGUUUACCUCCAGAGUUGUUCGGUUUUUGGAUUGAAGGAACACAAACGAUGUUUCAUAUUUUUUAUUUCAUUCAAAGUGACAGUGGUGGGUUCAUGUUGUUUUCUGUCUUUAGUUGAAAUAUCAGUGCUUCUGUCUGUUUGGCUUCUAAGAAUGAACGAACGAACGAAUGAAUAAAUGAAGUGACGAUCAGUAGGUUGGUUUUUAAACGAA